AUGCAAUUAUCAAUUCGAAUUGAUUUCUAUCAACACACCUACACAUUAUUGAUUUUUACAUUACUACUUACAAUCAACUCCAAUCAAUUCAUCUCUUUGAAUGCUCAAACUACACGUCUUAUUCGAAUGAAAGAGAAUACACCAACUGGUACAGUGAUUAUACCAAAUGUAAUAAAUUUUCUACAUGGACGUAGUUACACAUCCACGGAACAUUAUGACAAUGAUCAAGAUAAAACUAAAGAUUAUUUGCUAGCUAUUGGGAAUUCCGUAAUGCAAGGUGCCAAUUGGUUUGCUAUAGAUGAUAUUAAAAAAAGUUUAUAUGUGAAAAUACCACCAGACAGAGAUAUACUAUGUCCGAAUGAACAAAAGCUACCCGAAACUGCUGUGUCGAUUGCACAUGGUGGUGUUGAAUUCCCAGAGUAUAAUUUAAAUCCUACAACCAAUUAUAAUGUACAAAUUACAAAUAAUAAUAAUAAUAUUAAUAAUAACGAUUGUCUCAUAAAAUUAUCCAUAAUUCAUGGUUCAUCAGCAAAUCCUUCAUUUGAUUUAAUCACAGUGAUACUGGAAGAUGUAAAUGAUCAUGCACCAAGUUUUAAAGAGAUUCAAUCAAAUUUAGAUAGUAAAACAAAUGAAUUUAUAAUCAGUGUGCCAGAAACACCAACGAUAAUUGAUAAAAAAGACGAGUCGUCUAGCACGAAGCAUAGAACUGACUAUAGGCCAGUAAGAAUUCUACUACCAACAGCUGUGGAUCCAGAUCAAGGAGUGAACAGUAUACGUGGUUAUCGACUAGAAGGUGAAGAUGCUUUUCAUUUUCGACUUGAAGUUGGUCCUUUAAUAGACAGCGACUUAAGUUAUCGUGUUCAUAAAGAAUUUCAACAAGUUGGAUUAUUUCAAGAUCAUAAAACAAAUCGAUUAUGGUUGGUACCAGUUCGAAAUGGAGGUGGCGCAGCAGCAGACGCUACAAAUGGUGUGGAGCUGGAUAAAGAACAUCGAAGUGAAUAUCAUUUUGUUUUAGUUGCCUAUGAUGGAGGAUCACCAGCACGAAUGGGUAAACUACCUAUUCGAUUAUUGAUUGAAGAUGUCAACGAUCAUUCACCGGAAUUCAACCAGGAAUUCUAUACAGGACGAAUGUCAGAAAAUGAUCCUGGUGGUCAGAUUCUUUUUGAAUUUUCCGCUAGAGAUAGAGAUAAUACCAAAGAGAAUGGUUUAGUGAAAUUUCGUAUACCAGGUCAAGCAGACUAUAAUCCAAAUGAUGCUAAUAGUAUUAUUGGUCAAAGAGAUAGUAGGAUUAGUUUAACAGAAAGUCAACUAAUUGCUGCCGAAUUAUUUUCAGUAGAAUUUCCUAUUGAAAAAUCAACCAAUGAUUUAUUAAGUACGCAAGAAAAUUUUCACAAUAGCACUGUUUAUGGUCGACUUAUUAUAAAACGUCAACCAAAAGAGAAAAUUCAACAAGCUGCUUCUAAAGCUAUCACAAUUGCUAGACAAAAUCAACUGGUUAACAGUGCAAAAUUAGGAUUAAAUUUUGCGCCACAACAUCCGAUUCACACAAACGAAUUGUCUUCCAAUCAUGGCGAUCAAUUACAAUUUUUCAUUGAAGCCUAUGAUAAUGGGGUGACAUCGUUAGUCACUAAAGUACCUGUAAUUAUUCUAAUCACCGAUGUCAACGAUCACCCUCCACAAAUAUUCAUUUCAUAUCUUAAACCUACACGACCACUUACUCCAGUAAAUUCCUACACAACGGAUAGACGACAAAUAUGGGGUAAGAUCGUAGAAAAUCUAGAUCGAUCCAUGAUAGCUCAAGUCACAGUGACUGAUAAAGAUUCAACGCUUACACAAUCCGAUGUGAUUUGUAAAACAAAUGAUAGUCGAUUUUCACUUGAAGAAUUAACUAACAGCUUAGACAGACCAGAUGAUCUUACUUCUUCCAUAUGGCCUCGGAACAACUUGUACACAUCGAAUAAUAUUGAUCCAAAAUCUCAUUAUCAAAAUAAACCAUUGACAAAAAUGUACAAACUUAUGUCGAUUACAUCGUUAGAUAGAGAAUUCAGUGAUAAACAACCGUCAUUUUUAAAAUUUUCAAUUAUUUGUAUAGAUAAUCAACAUGAUGAACUUCCGGGUGGUUCUUUGACAUCACAAGCUGAUAUAUUUCUUGAAAUCGAUGAUGUCAAUGACAAUCCACCUGUAUUCGAUCAUAAUGAGUAUACAUUUCAUUUACCAGAAAAUUAUCCCAAAUUAAAAUCAGAACAUACUAUGAAUCCUUUGGAAAUCGACAGAUAUCCUAUUGGUAUGGUACAUGCAAAUGAUAAAGAUGGCGGUAUUCAUGGAAGUGUUGAAUAUAAAUUAGUUUCAAAUCCAAGUGGUUCUAUACAAAUUGAUCGAUUCAAUGGAAUGAUUAAUGCAACUCAACCAUUUGAUCGUGAAACUAUCAAUGAAUUGACAUUUCAAGUAAUUGCAAUCGAUUGUACCGCUGUCAAUGGAACAAAUGAACGACAAUGUGACAUGUCGAUGCGGCUAACCGGAACAACGAAUGUUCGUAUUAUUAUUGAUGAUUUGAAUGAUUCACCACCGAUUUUUCAAGAAGCUAAUUAUCAUUUUGAAGUUGAAGAAGGCGUAGAUCUUGUUAAAGUUGGUCAAGUUUGGGCUAUUGACGCGGAUCAAGAUGAGUCGGCACGUAUUUCAUAUCGUUUAGCUGUUGGAAUGAGCAAUCGAUUUAAAGAGUCAAUAAAAGAUGGAAAUUUUGUGGAACAAAUUACAAAAUCCAGCACAACCACCAAUAAUAAUAAUAAUAAUAAUCAGAAUCUUUACGAUGAAGCACUUGAGAUUACAACUCAUUUUCAAAUUGAUCCAAGAAGUGGACUAAUUCACUUGAAAGGAAGAUUAGAUCGUGAAAGACGAGCACAUUAUGAAUUCGUUGUUCUAGCAUUGGAUAAUCCUAGAUCUAUACCAACUAAAAUUGCUGGUUAUCAAAGACAAGCAACUAGUGAAGUGAUUCAGUACACUGCAACAACCACUGUUCUCAUUACUGUAUUAGAUCAUAACGAUAAUGCUCCAAGAAUACUAAGUCCAUUAAAUCAUGUAGAGUUUAUGCUUAGCCCAGAUCAACUGAUAGCAGGCAAUACAAUUUUCACUAUACGAGCUACAGAUCCAGAUUUAGGUGAAAAUGGUACCAUUGAGUAUAGAUUACUUCAUGUAGAAGAUGAUCUUGGGUCAUGGAAUGUUGGUGAAUCAUUUCAGCGAUCGAAUCAAGCGAUCAAUCAUGCAAAUACUACCGAUACAAAUUUGCCAAUCAGUCAAGAUAGUAAAUCUCCUCCUAAUGACAAAGAACUAAUCGAUAAUUAUCCAUUUGCUGUAGAUCGAACAGCAGGUAUAUGUUAUCUACGUGAAAAUCUACCGCCAUUAAAUGUUGACGGUCCUCGUGCUUAUAUGCUUCGUAUAUUAGCUUAUGAUUUAGGUAGACCUGAUAGUUUAAAUACCACAUUGAUUGUUCGUGUAGCACGUCAAAUUAAUUCAGUUGGAGAUAUUUCAAAUGGUCUAGUCUAUUCGAAUCGAAUGAAUGCUAAAGAAUAUAGACAAACUGGUAGGAUGGAUACACAUCAACAUUUAUUCGCCUCCUUAUCCAACAAUGAACAUGAUUCUACAUUAGACAGUAAAGUCGGUGGAACAUGGACAUCAGCAGGACAAGCAAGAAUAUCCGAUAAAACUAUGGUUGUGAUUUUAUCCACUGUCUUUGUAUUGUUACUGUUGACAACCAUUGUUCUAUUAUUACUAGUUCGUUAUAGACGUCUGUUAAUACGAACUAUACCGUUAGAACAAAGUUUAGCAUGUGAUGCUCCGGAUUCAAAAGCCAAUGAAGGUUUUGCUGCAGGUAAACCACUCAGUCCAAAUCAAAAUAAUUUGAAUGGAUUUAAUGGAUUUUUCACAGAAGCAAUCUUAGAUGCAGUCGAUUUAGUUCAACGUGCAGAAAUGGUAUUACAAAAUGCUGAACAACUUAAUUGUCGUGUAUUUGUUCGUCCAGAAGAUAUUGUCAGUGGAUCACAAAAGCUGAAUUUAGCAUUUUUAGCUAAUCUCUUUCAUGGUUAUCCAGCAUUAGAGAAACAACCUGAAGAAGUUGAAGAGAAAGUAGCUGCCAUUGAAGAGACACGUGAAGAAAAAACCUAUCGGAAUUGGAUUAAUUCAUUGAGUUUAAAGCAUCAUGUAAAUUAUUUAUUCUAUGAUUUAAUUGAUGGUUUAAUAUUUUUACAAUUGUUUGAUUCAAUUCAACCAAAUAUUGUUGAUUGGAAUGAAGUACAUGAACCAAUUUGUGAGACACCAGCAAAAGCAAAUUUUCAGUGUCUUGAAAAUUGUAAUUAUGUCAUCAGAUUGGGUCGUCAAUUUGGUUUUAGUUUAGUUGGAGUCGGUGGGGCUGAUCUACACGAUGGUAAACGUACAAUGACAUUAGCAUUAUUAUGGCAAUUGAUGCGUGCUUACACUCUGUCAUUAUUAACUCAGCUAACUGAAGCAGAAUAUGCUGUAACAGGGAAAUCAACUACUCACCAUAAUCAUCAUCACAAUACUCAGCAUAAUGGUAAUGGUGUAUUUUAUCCAAUUGAAGAAACACGUAUCAUUCAAUGGGCUAAUCAAAAAUUAGACAAAGCUGGAAAAUUUAGUAAAAUAUCUACCAUGUCAGGUUUCACUGAUCCAAAUUUGAAAACAUCACAUGCGGUGAUUGAUUUAAUCGAAUCGAUACGACCAAAUACGGUGGAUUAUAGCUUAGUAUUGCCUGGUAAUACAAAAACUGAACAACUUACCAAUGCUGAAUAUGCUAUAACAUUAGCUAGACGAAUUGGUGCAACAGUUUAUGCAAUGCCAGAAGAUUUAAUUGAAUUAAAGCAUAAAAUGAUUAUGACAAUAUUUGCUUGUUUAAUGGCGGUUGAUUUAAAACAACAACAUUGUCAAACUAAAAAUUCAUGGAAACAAGUUGAACACAAGCUUGAAAUUAUUGAAAAUACAUCAAUUCAUAAUUCUACACAUUCAAGUAGUGAAUCAUUAGAGGCGAAAAGUUAUUUACGUAUUGAUAUGAAUUGUAAAGAAGAACAAGAAGACAAUUUGGAGUCGACUGACGAUAAUCAUAAUGCUGAAGGUACAGUAGAAAGUAAUGACAUAACAAAAAAACCCAGUUUAAAGCCUAUUCUUCUUCUAAGAGAUACUAUACCUAGACCACCACCAGAGAAAAUGUUUGUAAAAUCAUUUAGAAUAAAUUUAUCAAGUUGUCAUAGAUCACCAAUUACUAGUUUAGAUGAUGCUAAACAAACAUGUUCACCUUCAAAAGAUUGUGCUGAUGUUGAUAGUUUAGACGGUUUAGUUACAGCUAAUCUCGUGAAAGUAACUAACAAACGAACGACGAUACCUCAACCAAAUCGUUCACGAUCUCCAAUUAAACAUCAUAGUAUGAAUUAUUAUUGUAUGAAGAAGUCAUCAUCAUCACGAUCAUGGUCUCCGGUUGAUCUACCACCAGUCAAUACUUCGAAUAAAACAUGCUCCAACUGUAUAAAUCAACUCUCUAAAUCAACAUCUUCUAUUCAUCAAGUUGGUCAAGUUGAUCAUCCACCGAAAAGUUUCUCACCAAUUCUGUCUAAUAAUCAUAAACAAACUUUACAUUCAUCUGAACAAAAUUCACAUGAAAUAACAAAAUCAAAUACUACAGGUAAUUGCGAAUUACAUUUUACUAGUGAGAAAGAAUAUACUGAUGAGAAAACAAUUCAUAGUACAUUAUACACGCUAGUAUAUCCAAAAGAACAUUUUAUCGAUUUAAAACCAUUGAAAUAUAAAUGCAGUUUGAGUAAUACUACCAUGAAAACAAUGCCAAUCACUGCGACGAAUACUACUACUACUACUACUACCACCAAUAAUCGUCCACAUGGGGGAGGUCGUCUAUUUCUAGCAACUGGUGCAAGAAAAGAUUUAUUCAUUUGAUCAAUCGUCAAUAAUAACUUCAAAAAAAUCAUUGACUAUAAAUUUGAAUGCCUUUCUUCCUUUUUUUAUUGAUUUUCUAUUGAUUGGUCGAUCAAUCUAUCGCUACAUACACAUUUAUUGAUCUAUCACACACACAGGAAUUGAUUUGAUGACAUUGAAUAUUGAACAGUCUUUGAUAAAGCACCUCUAUCUUUGUUACUGAACAGUUUAACCGCGAAAACCAAUGAAAAUGUCGAUUUGUAUUUUGAAACUUUGUUUUUUUUUAAUACUAGA